CAAGCAGUUGUCUUGGUUUCCAAAGCUCUCUGUCGUCUUCUUCUGAUAAGUUUUCAGUGUUUUGUUCUGAUUUGUUUCCUUUUUAAAAAUAGUAAAGGCAGCGCAGCAUCACCAUGUUCAUCAAGCUAUUUAUGCUAAUGCUGGCCGUGACAGGAGCCUUGAGUGCCGUCCGGCCGGAGAAUCAUGUGGCAGCAACGGAGGCCAGGACAACGACAGGUGACCUGGCCACCGCUGAGACUUCAGCCAAGUUGCUCAAUCUUUUUGGAACCGGCACUGGUUAUCCCAGUUAUGGCUACAACUACAAUCGUCCUACCACCGGCUAUUAUCCUGGCUAUCCCAACACGAACUACUAUGGAAAUUCCAACUAUUAUCCCGGCUCGGGCUAUGGAUCUUCCAGCUUCUAUCCCAGCCAAGGCUAUGGAUCAACAAACUACUAUCCGAGUCAGGGUUACUAUCCCAGCAGCGGCUAUUAUCCCACCACGAACAUCCUGGGAACUCAGGGAGGCGGCUAUGGUGGAUAUGGAGGCUAUGGAGGCUAUGUGCGCACCACUUUCGGCUAACACAGUCAUGUGGGAAGACCGACAAGAACUUAACCAAAUGCCACGCUCCAGCACGCAACAAAAUCCACAAAAACCAACAAACAAAAAAAGAUCGUAAAACUUAUAUAAGCAAUUUAUUAGGAAGCACAUCAUCCCGAGAUGUUAAAGCACGGCUGUAACCUUCAACUUGGAAUAUUCGGCGGCUGCAGUCGAGCAGCCACACAGUUGGCUUCAAGUUUCUGCCCGGAGACAAAGUCUUGGUCUUAAAUUUUAAGUAAAGUCGUGUUUAUGUUUUUCCAUUCCCUCCUCUGCUGCUGCUGCUGCUGUUUGCUGCAAGCUCGUAAAUGCAGCGGAGCAAACUUUUCAUCGGAAUUUUCCCAGGGAACAUGCUGGCUCGAGGGGUUUUCUCCUUCUGCUGCGAGCAAUUUGUGAUAAGCUAAUAGAUUUUCCUUGUUAAAUACAGCCAUAUUUUACGGACAAUUUUAUGUGAGGCCCUACGAAAAUUAAUUAAGCGAAAUGUAGCUCCGCAAGUCAUACAAAAGAAUAUUAACAAGAAAGGAAGCUAACUUCGGCACGCCGAAGUUUGUAUACCCUUGCAGAUUGGUUUUGAUGUUUAUUUUAUAGAU